AUGACUGUCAACGGCACCAAUGGGGAUUCCCCGUCUCUCGGCGAACUUAAGCAUAUCUCGUCGACUCGCUUAACUCCCAGCCUCAGCAUCCAUUCAUUCUCUAUUCUUACAAACCAUGAGUUCAGUCGGGGCUUCCGUCCCAGUCAACACCUGACACUGCAAUUCCCGCCUGAUCUAGACCCUGUAUCGGGACCCCAGAAUUUGUCAGACCAGGAAAGAUGUCUGUCUUUCACUCCUUUCCAUUUACAGUAUGCAGAGGAUGGAACCAUUGAGAGCAUCUCUCUCAUGGCCCGUAAUGGCCGCGUUACCGGGCUGUUGGGACUCCCCAGACCGCAUGGACCAUUGGUUGCUAAGAUUGUUGAGGUCGGUGGCGGAUUUCCCUCUGAGAUCAUAGAGCAAGCCGCCCAAGCAUUGUGCAUUGCUGGCGGUACUGGUAUCGCACCAUUCAUUGCUAUGGCGGCGGCGCAAAACUGCAGCCGCAGUAUCAAUGACCUAAAGCCUAGUCUCAUCUGCAGUAUCCGUGGAGAUGACUUUGGAGUCAUAGAGUAUCUCUGGAACCACGAGAUGCUCUACCCGCGAGACUGGCAUGUGAUUCGCAUUUUUGUGACGCCUGGAGAAGAAACUGCGCUUUAA